AUGUGCGAGACCUUUAAUGCUUGGAUACUUGUUGCUAGACACAAGACAGACAUGACAAUGUUGGAGGAAAUCAGAGUGAAGAUGAUGGAGAGAAUAGAAAAGUUGAGGGAGUUUGCAGAUACAUGGAUGUGUGAUAUAUCCCCAAUUGCUAUAAAAGUAUACCAGGAUAACAUGGCCCAAUCUAUUAGGUGUACAAUCAAAUGGAAUGGUGAAUAUUGCUAUGAGGUUGAGGAUACCUCAUUAAGAGUGAUAUUGAAGCACUGUGUGAAUAUGCAAACUCAUACUUGUACCUGCAUGUCAUGGAUGUUGAAGGGUAUCCCUUGUGCUCAUGCAAUUGCUGCUAUGCACUUCAAGAACAUUGAGCCAAUUAACUACAUAUCUCACUGGUACCACAAAUUCACUUAUCUGAAGGCAUAUUCAACAUUUAUCCAGCAUGUGCCAAACAUGCAGAUGUGGCCAACAUCUAUCAAUCCACCAAUUGAACCCCCACCAAUUAAAAAGAUGUCUGACAGACCAAAGAAGAAGAGAAAAAGAGAAGAAACUGAACAUCCUAAGUCUGGAAAGCUUUCAAGAAGGGAGAAAGAUGUGGAGAAAGAGGCAGAGGAAGAGGAACAACUGCUCCUAGAGCUUCAACUUCAACUACUUCUGCCCAUACUACUGCUGGCAGAGGAAGAGGAACUGGAAGAGGAACUAGUAGAGGUAGUGGAAGAGGAACUAGAAGUUCUGGGUUUGGACAGUUUUAAUCAAUCUGGUGGAGGUAAACUAAGAGUGAUUUCUCAUGGUGGUGAAAAGAGGUCCUCAGCAGAUAUUCAUGAAUGUGCCUACAAGCCAACAAGUGGAGUAAAAUAG